CAUCAAGUGUAUCCAGGAUGGGAAUCUACUGCAUCCAUUUACAUUUGGAAGUCUGCUGAUGCACCUGUUGAUUGUGGAAAAAUCUGCGUGUUUAAGAAUGAACAAAGUUGCUGUGAUGACGUCUGACACUCUGCUUCAUUUGGAGGACAGCAGAAGAGCAGAGGAGAGGAGCAGAUUGAACUGUGUAGACAUAGCUCAAACCAAUUUAACAGACGGGCAGAACACAGACCUGCUGCGAUGCCAGGAGACCACUGAAAGCAGCUCUCCCAUAAAGUACAGAAGAUAUGGGUCUCGUUUGGGUGGGGUCAAAGUUCGCCACAAGAGACAGGUGCUGCAGGACAUGGCCCGACCCUUGAAACAUUGGUUGUACAAACACCGGGACAACCCAUACCCCACCAAGACUGAGAAGGUCCUACUGGCUCUGGGCUCACAUAUGACACUGGUACAGGUUUCAAACUGGUUUGCAAAUGCCCGGCGGAGGCUGAAGAACACAGUGAGACAGCCAGACCUGAGCUGGGCCCUAAGGAUCAAACUCUACAAUAAAUACAUCCAGGGAAACGCUGAGAGGCUGAGUGUGUGCAGUGAUGACACAAAUUCAGAUGAUGAAGAAUGUCCCUUACAAACACCUAUCAGCCAAUCAGACUUUGGCAGGUCAUCUUCCCACAAGAGUGUACUCAAGAAACAGGGUAUGGCCGACUCCGCCAACAGUGACGACAGCGCGUCGCACCCAUCCAAGUACAAGAGCAGUUUACUGAAUCGGUAUCUGAACGACACCCUGCGGCAUAUGAUGGCGACGAAGGCCGAUGGCGUCACCGCAGCCCGCAAGAGGAGAAGCCACUCUGAGUCAUUCAGCUCCAACGAAUGUGAUCGAGAUGUUGUCUCCCCGGCGUCGUCCUAUGAAACAGAGACCAACUUUGUCUAUCACAUGGACACAGUGGAGUAUACUUCAACUAAAUGUGACAGUGAUAAGCAGCAGGACAGAGGACAGCAGAGACGAGACGACCAAGGCUGGAGGGAGAUCCACGCUGCCGUGGCUCUGACCGACUUGGCCCAGGGUCAGAGCUGCACAGCAGACCAGAGCAGCGUGGCGGUGCCUAGUGCUGCCACAGGGUUGUGCUGCACCCGGGAGCCCUUCUCCGUUACGAGGACCAAUAUCAUAGACAGGAUGUGCAUCACAGGGCCCACCUCUGCUCUGAGGCAGAGCUGCACCACUGGGCCCACACUCACCAGCCGCAUCAUCCAGAAGUCCUCUCAUAUCUCUGAGGUCCAGACUGUCAAAGUGGUCCUGGCAAACAGUGUGUAGGCAUUUAAAGUGAGCAUCUGGUCUAAGCACUUAAUUCCGUACAGGAAAACCAUAUGCUUUAAUGACCUGUGUGUUACAAUGUCUGUACAGCCUCUGAGACCAUUAUUUUGCAAUGCUGAUAAAAUUUGACGUUUUCAAUCAUUUUUAUAUUGUAAAAUGGAAAAACUAACCUAAUAUAGUUGAAUGUUUUCUUUAUGUCCCUAAUGUCUUCGUAUUGCCCUCUGUUGCAGUAAGUUAUAUUAACUUCCACGAGACUGGAUUAUUGUCCAAUGCUUGAGUUUGACAGCAGCUAUUUGAAUAAACCCAAUGUGAAAUUUGUUGACCAGUCUUUUGCUUUACAGUAAAUCACUGCUUUGCAGUGGCUGAAACUGCAUAGUUGUGUUUUACUGAACUGUAUUUAGUGGCAGUUUUCAUGU